UCGUACUUAGCCAAAUGUUAAAAAUUUGCGAAGUUGAUGAUCGCGUUGGGAAAUAAAGUUGAAAACAUUAAAAGCCUGAUGUGAGAGUAUGUGGCACGUUCAGUCAAAUGCCAAAACGCUAAUCUAAAGCAAAAAUGACGAGACCACGUGAUAGUUUGACAAAGGAACAGUUACUUGAUUUCAGGAACGCAUUUGACGUGUUUGAUACCAAUCACGUGGGUAUGAUAUCCAGUGAACAAUUACGAAAUGUAAUGGUACGUUUGGGACAAAAACCUACAGACGAUGAAAUUAGUAAAAUGAUCAAGAAAGUGGAUAAGAAUGGCAACGACGUCAUCGAAUUUGAUGAGUUCUUGGAUAUGAUGUGUUCGUAUAUUUCACAUCAUGAACAAGAAGAAAACAUAACCAAGGAUAUUUUUAUGUUAUUUGACCGCAACAAAAAUGGCGUCAUAUCUACAAAAGAACUUCGCUCCAUGAUGAAAUCGUUAGGGGAAAAAUUAACAGAAAAGCAAGUUUCGCAAAUGAUGAAAUUCGCUGAUAUAAACAAAGAUGGCGGAAUUGAUUUUGAAGAGUUUAAACGUUUAAUGGAGGAAGUACCACAUGUGAAGAGUCAAUGUCGACGUGCAGUGUCCAAUCCGUAACCAGAUCGGGUAAAGAUCGGAAGAAGAUCGGGUGAACUGUUCACAAAAUUAUAUUUCAUAAUCUAUAUUUUAUAAUUCAUGUUUGAAAAAUUAAACUGAGUCUUAAAAAAACACUAAAAAACCGA